GCUUCGGGGCAACUCCACGUAAGACGGGAUUGCGCAGGCGCGCAGGGAUAACCUCCACACCCAGAAACAGAAACCACAAAAUUGUUCGAGAAGCCACAUCGCUGGGUCAGGCGAUCCGCCCUGAGACUUCAAUCGAUUCCCUUCAUUCCACCUCCCAGCCGGGUCUGGCCAGAACAGACGCCGAAUACUACGUUGAUUGACAGUCCAAAUGCCCUGCUUCGUGAAUCCCAGAUUCGCUUGAUGGCCGCCCAUAUACGAACCUGCGCGCCAAAACUUUCCUGCAUAGGUAGAUGCCAUGGCAGCACCGGGUAAACGUGGAGCAGGAUGGGGGUCCUUCCUCUCGCAGGCCGUGGCUGGGGUCGAGGCCCGGCUAGACAAUAUGCUCGCCGAGAACGAAGACUCUCCCAACAAGGACCCCAACAAGGACCCCAAGUCCUCCUCCUCAUCCACCCCAGCGGCUGCACCAGCUUCGCCCCAGAAGCAGAGCCCAGCUCCCUCAAGGACGGCCUCGACCAACCGUGCCAAUGACAGACUCCAGGAGCGCCUUGCGAGGGCGCUUGCCGCCAAGUCCGCCGGCCAGAGGCCCGAUGGCUCGUCUGCGAAGCCUGCCCCGUCGUCCCAGGCCAGUCCCCGUCAGAGUUCCGACCUCCCCAGUCGCGUGUCCACCGACAGUACCGAUCGAUCGAGCCAGCUGCUACAGGAGCCGAUUUCCAAACGAGCUUCUCAAGAAGUGCCGCGGGCAUCCGAGGAGACGCCGCCUCAAGCCGUAGGUGCUGGCGCAAGUAUAUCGAACGGGGAAAACGGCAGCCAAGAAAAUGUCUAUAAAGGAGCCAAUGGUCAGAGGAGGUCUGAGGAACAAGUGCCUCCAGCUGUGGUCCUCGAGGAGAAUACAGCCAUUACACCGGAGCUUUCAGAGGCGACCGACAACCCUGAAUCUGGUGGGGAGGCUACAGAGGCAGGUGAUGGAGACAAGGCCAAAGAGUUGCAAAAGGCCAUGGAGGAGGCACAACUACAGUACCAGGAAGAGAUUCACAGUUACGUCGAGCGCAUCGAUGCCCUUGAAUCCAAGCUCCAGUUUCUUGCUCGAGAAACCACAGACUCGGCAAGGAAAACAGCCCUCGCCGCAGCAGCCGGCAGCGUGGAGAGGAAGCUGGCCGAGAAAGACCAGCAAAUAGCACAACUGAUGGAAGAAGGGAAGAACCUGGCAAGCACUGAGCAGAAGCAUAGAGCUAUCAUGAAGAAGCUGCGCCUAAAACUUGCUGAAGAUGAGAAAGAGCUUGGCACCCUGAAGGAUUCGUGGGACAAGACAACUGGGGAGCUCGAGCUCUUGCGCAACCGAGCCCGUCAAGCUGACGAGUUGGAGAAGGCACACCAAGACUUGCAGCGCCGUCUUGAUCAGUCGCAAAAGGAGCUUGGCGCAUUACGACCUGAGGUCAGCUCAAAAGACGCCGUGAUUGCAGACCUGAAAGCAAAGCUCGAGGCGGCAACUGACCAGGCCGACGAAAUGACUGCGAAAGCCAACAACAAGGGGAGGGAACAGGAUCGCCGGCGCAUCGCAGAACUAGAAGAAUCGGUAGCUGCCCUACAAGUUGAGAAGGAUUUGGUUGCAGACCGAGCGAAGAUACAAGCGACUGAGCUCAGGGAGAAGGCCGAACGAGCCAACGAGCGGUGCCGGGCAUUAGAGCUCGAGAUGAAGGCAGAGGCCCAAGUCAUGGAGAGCAAGCUGGAGGCGAUUCGCGCCCGGGCCGAGGAGGCAUCAUCAGGCGCCACGGGAGACUCACAGGCCAAACUGCUUAGGCAGGUCGAGACCCUUCAGACACAGUACUCGAUAGCCAGCGAUAAUUGGCAAGGUAUCGAGAGCACUCUGUUGGCUCGCAUCGCGGGCUUGGAGAAAGAGCGCGACGAGGCACUCCGUCGGGAAUCUGAAAUGAGGAAGAAGGCCCGCGAAGCUGCCCUCCGUGCUAAGCGAAACGAGGAGGAGCUCGAGGUAGCAAAUACAAGGCUUCCAGGUUUCCAGGACGAUGUCAAGGCCUACCAGUCCCAACUCGAGGCUCUAAAGAGGCGCGCAGAGCGGGCGGAAGGCGCCUUGUCCGAGUCGAAGACAGAGCUGGAGAAACAGAAGAACAUGUGGAAAGCCGAGAAGGAGGAACGCCAGGAUCGGGCAGAUCAGGAACGUCGCGGAUGGCUGGAAGAUUUGCCCAGCGCGUCCUUCAGGGUCAACAGCCGACCGGAAUCGCCGCUGCUGACCAUGUCCCAGCGCACCUUCAGCUCUGACUUGCUCGGGUUGGAGGGCCUGCCGACCAAGGUCAGGAAGGUAUCCGCGCCUUCUAGUAAUAGCGGCAUUGGCAGUGGUGACCGUCCUUUCAGCCGGCGGCCUUCGGCCCAACCGCCAGCGCGGCCGUCAAUCCAGGGCGGCAUAACGGGCCACUCCACGUCUCCGUUCAGCCCGACCAUAGAUUCGUUGCCUACGCCAUCGACACACCCGAUGGACAGAGACGAUGCGUUUGAGAAUGCCGAGACCCCGUCCUCGCCUCAUCAGGUCAUGCAGGACAUGGUUUCGGUCUCGACGGUAGCUGCAGGACCGUCGGUGCAGCUUGUAGAGCGCAUGAGCGCAGCCAUUCGCCGGUUGGAGAGCGAGAAGGUCAGCGCGCGAGAAGAGCUAGCUAGGAUAUCCAACCAGCGAGACGAAGCCAGGGCGGAGAUCCUGGCGUUGAUGAGGGAGGUGGAAUCAGGCAAGGAGGCAACGCAGCGGGUUGCCCAGCUCGAGACUGAGGUUGCAGAGAUAAACUCGAGAUACGAGACGACGCUAGAGCUCCUUGGGGAGAAGAGUGAGCUCGUCGAGGAGCUACGCGCCGAUGUCCAGGACGUCAAAGCCAUGUAUAGAGAUCUGGUUGAGAGGACUGUGAAGUGAUGGGCCAUUUUAUACCUAAAGGAAGCUAAAGGCAAACAUUAUUAAUGAUCAUACCCCGACUUCAUUUCAAAACCACCCGUUCCAGUCAGGCCCGCACUCUAUGGAGCUCGAUGCCUUCACCCUCUGCCAUCCGCUCGAUAUACUUUCUGACCUA